GAAACUUCGUGACAUUACGUUCAUUGACGUAAAUUCUCGUCAGUCUUUCCUUUUCCGGUUGCCCGUGUGUAAGCACAACCAUGAAGAAGUUUAUGAAAGCUAACAAGGUGGUGUUGAUCCUGAACGGUAGAUUUGCUGGCAGGAAAGCCAUCAUUGUUAAGAAUUAUGAUGAAGGUACUCAAGACAAAGGAUAUUCCCAUGCUUUAGUAGCAGGAAUUGACCGACAUCCCCGCAAAGUGACAAAACGCAUGAGCAAAAAGAAGCUGAAGCAGAGAUCUAAGAUUAAGACAUUCAUCAAAGUUUGCAAUUAUAACCAUCUCAUGCCUACUAGGUAUUCUGUGGAUGUCGUCUUGGACAAAUCUCAUGUAAACAAAGAUGCUUUCAGAGAUCCUGCUUUGAAACGCAGAGCGAAGCGAGAAGUGAAAGCUAAAUUAGAAGAGAGGUACAAGACUGGUAGAAACAGAUGGUUUUUCCAAAAACUAAGAUUCUAAAAUAUUUUCUCCAGUAAAUAAAUAUUAUAACAUUUAA